UGAACUUUUUACUCUAAAGUGAUACAAUUAUUUAAAAUUACAAAAUGUUAUUAAGAAACAUACUGUAGUAUUAUGUGGAGCAAUUACAAAAGAUUAUUUAAUGGAUUUAGUGUAAAUACAAUUAUUUGUGUAGCUUACAAAAGUCAUUAUGAAGCACUUAAUAUCUCUAAAACUGCCACACACAAAGAAAUAAAAGAUGCUUAUUACAGGCUAUCAAUGAUAUAUCAUCCAGAUAAAAAUAAAGGAAGUGAAGAAGCUGCAAAAAUUUUCCGUGAUAUAACUUCAGCAUAUGAAGUCUUGGGAAAUGUGCGUCAAAGAAAAUUAUAUGACAGUGGUGCUAACCUAAAUCAAAAAUCUUCUCAAUUCACUACCAAGCAACAACCUUAUGAAACAAUGAAAACGAAAAAUGAUAUUUAUAAAACCAAUGUCCGUAGCAGGGACUAUAAUUUUGAAAAGUGGUCUAAGUUUCAUUAUACAAAUGCAUUUAGGCAACAAUAUGAAACCCGAGAAAGACAUAUAAGAAAUAAAAAGAACGAAGAAUAUGCUACACGUCUAAAUUCUUAUAAUUUAUUAACAAUUAUGAUUUUUUCAAGUCUUUUUAUAUUAAUUACAAUGUUUGAUCAUGUGAAAAAAGUACUAAUUGAACGUAAAAGAAUAAAUGAAUAUAAUAAAAAAGAUGAACAAGAUGAUUAACAUAAUAAUUUAUUUUAAAUUUCAAAUAGUUAAAUUAGUUUAUUAAAUUUGAUUGAAGAAUCAAGUAUAAAUUCUGUAUACAUAUUUAUUAAUAUUGUUAUGUGAUUAUUUUGAGUCUUAAUUAAAUUGUGUGUACCAAUCGUAUAUCUGUUAUUCCAGGUUGAUUAUCUAAUAAGUUUCAAUCUGUUACUAAAAUAAUAAAUAGUAAAUUAUUUAUCUUAAUGCUUUGGGCCCCUUGGAGAUAUUCAUCUGUCAAAAAAUUGAUGCAUUCACUAUAAACCUAUGAAUUUAAAUUGUAUUUUACAAAAUUUUAUUGAUCUUAAGUAGAAUUGAUAAAUAUAACUUGUUUUAGAUAAUACAUCUUAUUGCUCAAAUUGUCUUCAUUAUUUACUCCCUAACCUUCUCACAGCUGUUAAAUCCAUAAAAAAAAUAUUGAUACUUUAAUCUUUCUUGGGCAAUAUCACAGUUUAAGAUUCUAUCUAAAACCGUGAUAAAAAUUCACUCUUCUCGAGACUUCAAUGGACAUUAUGAUGCUCUCAUAUACCAGAAACUACUUUUCAUUAAACUUUCUGUCUCCAAAGUUAUUUAAACUUUAAUUUCAAAAAUAAAACUUUCUUCGUUUUAUUAUUAAAUUGUUUCUAGAUCCACUUAGAUACAGAAUGCUAAAUGGCUUACGACGCAAAUCAAGAAUAAUAUCACAGAAACAAUUAUAAGACAAUCAU